GAUUCGCGCGCGCGACCGGCGAGUGACGUUGUGGGGUGCGCGCCGCUGCUAUGCACUCUGUCGUGCGCGCGUCCGCGCAGGUGGAGGCAUGUAGCAGUACCUGAAGGCUCACUGCGCGUCGUCUUCGCUUCUUCUUCUUCCUGACGUCGCCCGACCGCGUGGUUGGAGGAAGAAGAGGAGGAAGAGGAGGAGGUGAUCCAGGAGGAAGGAGAAGGACGCCGAGGAGGGAGUGAGAUACCAGAACGAGUCGAGGAAGCUUCUUCCCUUCCUUCCAUCUUGAGUGAACCAUCCGUCCUUCCGCCGCCAUGGCGAGCGACUCCCCCGCGAGGAGUCUGGACGAGAUCGACCUGUCUGCUCUGCGGGACCCAGCGGGCAUCUUUGAGCUGGUCGAACUGGUUGGCAAUGGCACCUAUGGCCAAGUAUACAAGGGUCGCCACGUCAAGACUGGCCAGCUGGCGGCAAUCAAGGUCAUGGAUGUCACAGGCGAUGAGGAGGAAGAGAUUAAAGCGGAGAUCAACAUGCUGAAGAAGUACAGCCACCACAGGAACAUCGCCACCUACUACGGUGCCUUCAUCAAGAAGAAUCCUCCCGGCAUGGACGACCAGCUGUGGCUGGUGAUGGAGUUCUGCGGCGCCGGCUCGGUGACAGAUCUCAUCAAAAACACCAAAGGCAAUUCCCUGAAGGAGGAGUGGAUCGCUUAUGUCUGCAGGGAGAUCCUCAGGGGUCUCACUCACCUCCACCAGCACAAGGUCAUCCACCGUGACAUCAAAGGUCAAAACGUGCUUCUGACGGAGAAUGCCGAAGUCAAAUUAGUGGACUUCGGCGUGAGCGCUCAGCUGGAUCGCACGGUGGGCCGCAGGAACACCUUCAUCGGGACGCCGUACUGGAUGGCGCCGGAGGUCAUCGCCUGUGACGAGAACCCCGACGCCACCUACGACUUUAAGAGCGAUCUGUUUUCGCUGGGCAUCACGGCCAUCGAGAUGGCGGAGGGAGCGCCACCGCUGUGUGACAUGCAUCCCAUGAGAGCGCUCUUCCUCAUCCCCAGAAAUCCUGCCCCCAGACUCAAGUCAAAGAAGUGGUCCAAGAAGUUCCAGUCGUUCAUCGAGAGCUGCCUGGUGAAGAGUCACAGCCAGCGGCCGAGCACGGAGCAGCUUCUCAAGCAUCCCUUCAUCCGCGACCUCCCCAAUGAGCGGCAGGUGCGCAUUCAGCUCAAGGACCACAUCGACCGCACUAAGAAGAGGCGCGGGGAGAGGGAUGAGACAGAGUACGAGUACAGCGGCAGUGAGGAAGAGGAUGAAGAGCGGGACAUCGGCGAGCCCAGUUCCAUCAUCAAUAUUCCUGGGGAGUCGACUCUGAGGCGAGACUUCCUGCGCCUGCAGCUGGCCAACAAGGAGCGCUCGGAGCUGAUUCGCAGGCAGCAGCUGGAGCAGCAACAGAACGAGGAGCACAAGCGCCAGCUGCUGGCUGAGAGGCAGAAACGCAUCGAGGAGCAGAAGGAGCAGAGGAGACGCCUGGAGGAGCAACAACGUCGCGAGCGUGAGAUGCGCAAGCAGCAGGAGCGAGAGCAGAGGAGGCGGUACGAGGAGAUGGAGCAGAUUCGCCGAGAGGAGGAGAGGCGGCACGCCGAGAGAGAGCAGGAGUACAUCCGUAGACAGCUGGAGGAAGAGCAGAGGCAGCUGGAGAUCCUGCAGCAGCAGCUCCUGCAGGAGCAGGCCUUACUGCUGGAGUACAAGCGCAAGCAGAUUGAGGAGCAGCGUCAGGCAGAGCGUCUGCAGAGGCAGCUGCAGCAGGAGCGAGCGUACUUAGUGUCUCUGCAGCAGCAGCAGCAGCAGGACCCGCAGCAGCGCCCCCUGCAGGACAAGAAGCAGCUCUACCACUACAAGGACCAGGCGCCAGGGGCAGUCAACGACAAGCCCGCCUGGGCCAAGGAGGUAAUGCGGCGAGCUCAGAGUAACUCCCCUCGCGUCCCUCCCAAGAAGUACCACUCCUUCCGGCACACGCGAGACUCCCACCUGGACCCUCUUCUCUUACUUCCUGGUUACAAGCCUCAGCGCCGCCACCGCCGCCCCCCUUCCUACCCCGCCCAUGUCAGCCCCUCCAGGGAUCACGUCCACAUGCCACGCAUCCGGAUCACCUGCGUCCCCGAGCCCGACUCACGAGGCCGGAGUCCCGGCCGCCGGGUGGACGAUCGUUUUGCGGUCAACCGACAGACUUCUCCUGCCUUGCAGCAUAAAGUCUCCAACCGGAUCUCGGACCCGUCGCUACCCCCUCGUUCCGAGUCCUUCAGCAGCGGGAGCAUCCAGCAGGCCAGGACCCCGCCCAUGCACCGCUCCGUCGAACCGCAGAUGGCCCACCUGGUGCAGGUGAAGAGUCCGGGCCUGUCCGGCUCUCAGUCCCUCUACGACCCCCACGGGGUGUCGUCUUCAUCUUCCGCCCUGUCGCCCUCCCCCUCGCGCCCUCCCAUGCCCCGGCAGAACUCGGACCCCACCUCCGACACCCCUCCUCCCUUGCCUCUCGCACGUCUGGCGCCCCCUCUUGACAAGUUGGAUCGCAGCACCUGGCUGCGGCAGGACGACGACAUGCCCCCCAAGGUUCCUCAGAGGACCACGUCAAUCUCUCCCGCCCUGGUCAGAAAGAACUCUCCAGGAAACGGACCUGGACUCGGACCGCGGGCUGGAGCUCACCUCAUACGGGCCAGCAACCCUGACCUGCGGAGGACUGACAUUAGCAUGGAUCCGUCCCUGAAGAGGACAAGCAGUGGUAGCUCCUCCAGCUCCAGCACCCCAAGUUCGCAGGGGGGAUCCAACGAGCGAGGUGCUCACCCAAACAAAUGCAGACACACACACAUACACACACUUGAGUCAAAAUGCUUGAAAAUAGCUUCCAUGAUGGGGAAACAGCUGGCAGACCUGACGGCGUUGGCCAAAGAGUUGCGAGAGCUGCGCCAAGGCGAAGAAACCAGCCGGCCGCCCGUCAAGGUCACCGACUACUCGUCAUCCAGCGAGGAGUCGCACAGCAGCGAGGAUGAGGACGGUGACGGGGAGGGAGGAGCAAACGACGGGACGGUUGCCGUGAGCGACAUACCGCGCAUCAUGCCCGCUGCCAGCCAAGGAGCCAAUGACUCGCAGGGCAUGAUGGGAGGACACAACGACUUACACGGCAACAUGUACGGAAACAACUCUCGGGACAGCACCCUGAUGAUGCGCGAGUACGGGAUGGGAGGAGGAGGCGGCGGCGGCGGAGGCUCCAAGGCCUCCUUCACACCAUUUGUGGAUCCCAGGGUGUAUGGGACGUCCCCGACAGAAGACGAGGACAUCUCUGCUUCAGCGCUGUUUGCCGACGAGCUGCUGAAGCAGGAGCAGGCACGGCUCAACGAGGCCCGCAAGAUCUCCGUGGUUAACGUCAACCCCACCAACAUCCGGCCGCACAGCGACACGCCCGAGAUCCGCAAGUACAAGAAGCGCUUCAACUCCGAGAUCCUGUGCGCCGCGCUCUGGGGGGUGAACCUGCUCGUGGGAACCGAGAAUGGCCUGAUGCUGCUGGACCGUAGCGGGCAGGGCAAAGUGUACAACCUCAUCAACCGCAGACGCUUCCAGCAGAUGGACGUCCUGGAAGGCCUCAACGUCCUGGUCACCAUCUCAGGCAAGAAGAACAAGCUGCGCGUUUAUUACCUGUCCUGGUUAAGGAACCGAAUACUCCACAACGACCCCGAGGUGGAAAAGAAGCAAGGCUGGAUCACCGUGGGGGAUCUGGAGGGCUGCGUGCACUACAAAGUCGUGAAGUAUGAGAGGAUCAAAUUCUUGGUGAUCGCCUUGAAGAACGCCGUGGAGAUCUACGCCUGGGCUCCCAAACCUUACCACAAGUUCAUGGCCUUCAAGUCUUUCACCGAACUGCAGCACCGCCCCCUGCUGGUGGACCUGACUGUGGAGGAGGGGCAGAGGUUAAAGGUCAUCUACGGCUCCAACGCGGGCUUCCAUGUGGUGGAUGUGGACUCUGGCAACCCCUACGAUAUCUACAUACCCUCGCAUAUUCAAGGUCAGGUGACGCCGCACGCCAUCGUGGUCCUGCCCAAGACGGACGGCAUGGAGAUGCUGCUGUGCUACGAGGACGAGGGCGUCUACGUCAACACCUACGGCCGCAUCACCAAAGAUGUGGUGCUGCAAUGGGGGGAGAUGCCCACCUCGGUUGCCUACAUCCACUCCAACCAGAUCAUGGGCUGGGGGGAGAAGGCCAUCGAAAUCCGCUCGGUGGAGACGGGACACCUGGACGGGGUCUUCAUGCACAAGCGAGCGCAGCGCUUGAAGUUUUUGUCCGAGAGAAACGACAAGGUGUUCUUUGCGUCGGUGCGUUCGGGAGGCAGCAGCCAAGUGUUCUUCAUGACCCUCAACAGAAGCUCCAUGAUGAACUGGUAACCCCAACUCCACGAGCAACCUGGCGCCGUGCUCCCGGGGGAGGGGGGGUGGUUAAGGAUAGACCUUUCAGGGUCCGGCAGAGCUCUGCGAUGCCUUUGUGGCGCUCGCUCCUUGAGAGGUGGCCCGACGUGAGGCCAAGUAGCCCCUUCGCUCUCCCCGUGCGGCCGAGCGGGCAUCUGCGGACGGUUUGUAGCACAUCACUUCUUUUUGCGGGACCACUUCCUCCUUUGGAUCUGCUUCAAUCCAGCGACGUCUUUUCACGCCCGCCCACUCGUAUUGCGCCAGGAACCAAAAUGAAACACUUUUUACUCCCAAAUGGACACUUGGUCUGCCUGUUUUCAAAAUAAGUCUUUGUCCAAUAGUGGCUCAUAAAUGUGAGCCCUGUGGAAACUUUGUAGUUAAAAAAAAAAAAUUAAAAAUAACAUUUUGCUGAAGGAAAAUGAGGAAAAAGAUUUUGAUUUUGGAAGAAAUAAUGUGAUCAUUCCUUUUUAGGGGGGAGUUCAGCUCCACUUUGGCAGAACUGAUUAGUACAAAGGCAAUUUAAUAGAAAGAUUUUGUUGUCAUAAGCAAAAUACACCUCCAUUCAUAAAUUCCUGCAAAUUUGCAACCUUAGUCACGAGUUAACAUGCGGCGUUGACUUUUGUUUUUGCUGUACAAUCCACAUUGAGUUGUUUUUUUUUUUUGUUUUUUUUUUUUAGAAAAAAAUCUAGACUCAAAUUGAUUUUUAUUGUCAAUAGGCUCAUUGAAAACAUUUUUGUUAUUUUUGUAACAAAGAAAUAUACAGAUACCCCCCCAUCGCCCCCCCCCCAAAAAAAAAUCUACUUCAGUACAAAAACAAAGUACUUGGUCUUGGUUAUAUCCGACCACUGCUCGCAGUUUGACUCAAAAGUGCCACUCAAAAAUCUUUUCUUUCUCCUCAUUGUUAGCACACACCACCAAAACGCCAGUGAGCAACUUUUGAAGUUUGCUCAGUGCCGGCUACCGAUGUCUAAACCUUUCAAUUGUUAUCAUAUUAAUUUAAAAUAAAAAAAUUAAAGGAAGGGACCCUGCUAACGGCGUUCCCACUCCUCCCUGCCCUCUAUCAUAUCGUGUAAAUACUCCCGCUGUUUAGGACGCAGCACGCUAGCUACCCAGCACACCUGCACACAUCUGAGUUUUAUUGCACAACAUUGUUUAUCUCAACUGGCUGUGUCGGGAAAUCCUCCCUAGCCACUGUUCCUCCAUUUUUUUUGUCUUCGGUCUGUUGCCGAAAGGGUUAAAAAGCACGGGAACAUAGAUGCUAUUCGGCGUUAGCGAUAAGCUAGCGAACGGAAAGGGGAGGCCAUGUGUAACACAAAUGGUGUAAUUUUCUGUUUUAUUUCUUUAGGAUUGUUUUGGGUGUCUUUAGCAGACUCUACAAUCUCAUUUUAUUGCCAUUAAAAAAAGAAUAUAUCUUAUUCAGUGAUUCAAGAGAGAAUGAUUCCCAACACAGCUACUUGCUUUAGUUGUCUAUUUUGCAUUCAAACCCACUUUUGUGCUUGGACGCCACAAUACUGUGACGUCAUCGAUUCUUAAUGCAAAGAAAAAGUAGACUAGCGGGUACUCGAUGUUCACAUCCAAGAAUUGAAACUCGUCGUUUGCCGUUUCGGCAACAGCGGCGUGAAAAGUACGCAAGAUGAAGGCGACUCUUUCAAAACCUUUGCCUGCCACUGCUCGGCAACGUGCUACAAUAAUUGAUUACCGGAUCAUUUUACUGGACCUCUGCUGCAAAAUAAGAGACACGGUGCACCGAGCUGUGAGUGUAGUAGUGCUGCCGAUGUCUGCGUCCUUGAACGCACCGCUGCUCCGACAUCACUCAGGAAACUCCACUUGUAUUCUUGACCACUGAGCAAAACGGAUGGAAAGCCCAGCCGAGCAUCUCUUCCAUAUCCUUCAUUUCCAUCUUAAGGUCCUUCUACUUAUAUGCUCUUCGUCCGAUUGUUCAAGCCGUAACAAACUUAAGACAUGCGGCCGUGACGCACCACUCACUUUUUGCCGACAACUAGCGACCGUUAGCUCCGCCCCCUCAAAAAAA